AUGAAGUCCUUCACUGCUAUCGUCUGCUCCCUCCUUGCGGCCUCCGUCUAUGCUGCUCCGGUUGAAGAGCUCCAAGGACAGCAGGUGACCGUCUCUCUGGCCAACGACCAGUCUGGAGCCAAUGCCGGCGUCCAGUUUGCGGCCGACGGCGCCGACAGGAGCAUUUUCGCUCUCUACGGCGGCACCGCUGUGGGUGCCGGAGGCAUUGUCCUGGCCUCGUCAGCGCAGCUCACGGCCUUCCCUCAGACCAUCAACUGCGUCAUCAAGAACAAUGGCGUUACCAUUGCCACCUUGACCGCCCAGAAGACCUUCGCCGACCUCGACGGCAACCCGAACGUGGUCGUUCCCGUGAACCUGAACAGGGGCAUCAUCAACUGCCGUGCUUAG